CCUCCUCUGAGGCCAGACGGCCAACACAUCUGUCUCCCCAGCCCCAGACCGGGUCUUGACAGAAGGCAGAAACGACCAAUUUGAGGACAGCCCAGAGAGCUCAGACCAGGAUGGGCGGGCGGCCCUCGAGCCCCCUGGACAAGCGGCAGCAGCAGCAUCUGAAGGGUCAGGUGGACACUCUGCUGAGGAACUUCCUGCCAUGCUACCGUGGGCAGCUGGCCGCCGCUGUCCUAUGGCAGAUCUCCCGCGAGCUGAACCCCCAGGAGCCCGCAGGGUGCCAUCUGUUUCGCAGUAAGAAACUGCCCCGUGUUCGCGAGCACCGAGGUGGCCUGACCCAGCUGCGUGGCCAACCGCCCCGGUGGCAGCCAAGCUUCUGCGUCCUGCGAGGGGACGGCCGACUGGAGUGGUUCAACCACAGGGAGGAAUAUGAAAGUGGGGGCAAGCCCCUUGGUUCCACAGCCCUGACGGGGUACACGGUCCUGACCUCACAUCAAGAGUAUCUCCGCCUGUUGGACGCUCUUUGCCCAGACCGCUCGGGAGACAAUGAACAGGAAGAGCCAGACCCCCUCCUGGACAUGCCUGAGAGUUUCCCCCUCUUCCUGCAGCACUCCUCUCGCCAGCACCUCUGUUUCUUCGCAACCACUGGGGAGGCACAGCGUGCCUGGAAACUGGCCCUCCAGGGUGGCAUCCGGCUUCGGGGCACUGUCCUGCAGCGCAGCCCGGCCCCCGCUGCCCGGGCCUUCCUGGACGCCGUGAGGCUGUACCGGCAACACCAAGGCCACUUUGGCGACGACGACGUGACCCUGGGCUCGGACGCCGAGGUGCUGACGGCGGUGCUGAUGCAGGAGCUGCUGCCCGCGCUGCGCUCCCAGACCCUGCCGGGCCUGCGGGGAGUCGGCCGCGCCCGCGCCUGGGCCUGGACCGAGUUUCUGGACGCCGUCCACGCGGCCAUCCUGGCCGGGGUCUCUGCGGAGCUCCGCGCCUUCCAGCCCGAAAAGGAGGAACUGCAGGCCACCCUGGAGAGGACGAUCCGUCCCGAUGUGGACCAGACGCUCCGGCUGCGGGCGCGGGUGGCGAGGAGGCUGCGGGCCGAAGUUCAGGGCCCCUUAGAGUCGUGCCUGCGCCGGGAGGUGGAUGCGCAGCUGGCCCGGGUCACGCAGAAGCUGCUGAGCACCAUGGGGGCCGCACUGGCGGCGGUACGGACCCUCCUCGCGCAAGGCAUGGACCGCCUAUUUCGCCACCUGCGUGGGAGCCCCUCCGGCGCGCGCCUGCGCAAGGAGGUCUAUUCGUUCGGGGAGAUGCCGUGGGACCCAGAGCUGAUGCAGAUAUGCUACCGAGAGGCUGAGCGGAACCGGGAGCGCCUGCAGCAGCUGGCAGCACCUUUUGGCUUCCUUGGGAUGCAGAGCCUUGUCUUUAGAGUUCAGGAUAUCGCUCAGCAGCUCAUGGCCGAUGCUGCAGCCACCUUCCUGCAGCUGGCCGACCAGUGUCUGACGGCGGCCCUGGACUGCCAGCAGGCUACCAAGCAGCUGGAGAAAGUCAGGGGGCGCGUACUGAAGAAGUUCGAGUCAGACGGUGGCUCCGCGAAGAGGCAGUUCGCCCGCGAGUGGCUGGUGCGCAUCUUCCUGCCGUUUGUGCUGGGCCAGCUGGAGCCAGGCUGCAAACUGGAGCUGCCUGAAGAUGAAGGGGACAUCCUUGCUGGGUGUGGCCAGGCCCUGACUGUCAAGGGCAUUUACGAGGAUGUCAUCCGGGGUAUCUUGCUGCAGAGGAUUGACCGAGAAUUGAAAAAGGCCCUUGGUACAAGCGACGUGUCCUGCGCUCCGGAUGGCUUCUUAGAUGCUCCUUGGGACCAGGAUGGAGCAGAUGAGGAAACUGAGGCUCAUAGAGGGGGAUGGACUUGCCCCAGGCCGCCAGGAUCCAGCACUGAGGUCCAGCCAACCCGCCCACUACCUCCUGCGAGAACAUUCUGGAGCUGAAUCUUUCCUCACAUCUACCCUCAUUUCCACUGGAUAAAUGUCUGCAAGUGGAAUUUCUGGGCCAAAGCAUAUGCAACAUUUCAAAGCUUUUGUAACCCCCACAACCUCAUUCCCCCACCAGCAGCAAUUGUGAGUUUUCUCCAUAUCCUUUCCAAACACCAGAAAUUUUCAUAAAAGAAAAAACUCUUUUGUAAGACUCGAGUUGACUAAAAAAACAAAAUAAACUCAAUUUUUUUUUUA